AUGAAGGAGGAGAGGAAACCCUCCGGGUUUUCACCCUUUUCUGACAUCGUUUUCUGCGCGCUGGCUUUGUCCUGUUUAUACGCCCUGAUACAGAAUGUACAUUCCCCUGGUGAGCCAAGCCAUAAUCAUCAGAAAGUUCUUAAUUUGCCAAAUGACAGGAGUUGCAGAAGUCUCUCUGGACGUAUUCGAUCUGAUGUGAAAGAAUUGAGAAUACCUUAUUUAACAGAGGACGAGGAAGAGCCGCUUUACGCAGACGGACAUAGUGGCGUAGAUACAGAUCGCUCCCUGCUGAUUCCCGAAAUAUAUAAUGAUAUGAAAGGAAGUUUCUGGAAAAAAUACGACAAGGUGCUGACAGAAAAGGAAAAAACAACACGGAUCAAAAAUGUGAUGCUUUUUAAAAAUCAGGACUCCCAAAAGACGACUGAUGAAGAAUUGUACGAGAAGAUUGAUCAAUUAAAAGGACCUGUAGAUGCUGCGACGAUGAUUUUCGUGUGGAAUUAUUUUCACGAUCAUGAAAGGAAUAAAUAUAUCUGGAUGUUGGAGGAUGUUCGAGAAACAUGUAUAGCCCUGGCUGACAAUUAUUGUGUACCCCCCGAGUAUGCACACAACCAAUUUAGAUAUGUUCACGAUAAAAUGAUAAAGAUGUUAUUGAUAAGAGAGAAAUUUGAAAUGAAAAAUAUUAAGCAGUUCGCUAGUGAUGCUAUUCUAUGUGCCAGGUGGGAAUUUCAGCGGUACUUGAAAUAUAAGCGGGCGUCGUGGGCCUAUUUUACUCAGAGCAUGGAAAGAAAGUCAACCGAGGUGUUACAGGAGUGCUUCUGCUCCUUUGAUAACAUGAACACCUCCCAAAUGUCACUGAAACUUGGAAAAACGCACACCCGUCCUGCUAGUUCAUUCUUGGCCAAAGCGUCGUCAGCUGUUGAGAUGUUCCUGAUGCCAUGUCUUCUCAAAUGGGGCCUGCCCUCCUUAGUGACACAUUUUUUCUGGGCUCCUUCACGGCACUUUCCGUGCGCACAUCCAAGGGGGGCCAUAUCUAUUUCUUGA